GCCCCGCCGUCCGCCCGCGCGCGCGCUCUACCUACUCGGCGCCCCUCCGCACGUGGCGUCCCCGCUGCCGCCCCCGCUCGGCCCAGACCCCGACCCCGCCGCCCGCAGCCAUGGCACCCAGCCAGCUCGCCUUAUUUAGUGUCUCUGACAAAACGGGCCUUGUGGAAUUUGCCAGAAACCUAACUUCCGUUGGUUUGAAUCUGAUCGCCUCUGGAGGGACUGCAAAAGCUCUCAGGGAUGCGGGUCUGGCAGUCAGAGAUGUCUCUGAGCUGACGGGAUUUCCUGAAAUGUUAGGGGGGCGUGUGAAAACCUUGCAUCCUGCAGUCCAUGCUGGAAUCUUGGCUCGUAAUAUCCCAGAAGAUAGUGCUGACAUGGCCAGACUUGAUUUCAGUUUUAUAAGGGUUGUUGUCUGUAAUCUGUAUCCCUUUGUGAAGACAGUGGCUUCUCCUGAUGUAACUGUUGAACAGGCUGUUGAGCAGAUUGAUAUUGGUGGAGUAACCCUACUGAGAGCAGCAGCCAAAAACCACGUUCGAGUGACAGUCGUAUGUGACCCCGAGGACUAUGUGGCCGUGUCCACGGAGCUGCAAAGCUCUGACAGCAAAGACACCUCCUUGGAGACUAGACGCCAGUUAGCCUUGAAGGCUUUCACUCAUACAGCACAAUAUGAUGAAGCUAUUUCAGAUUACUUCAGGAGACAGUAUAGUAAAGGAAUAUCUCAGAUGCCUUUGAGGUAUGGAAUGAACCCUCAUCAAACUCCUGCCCAGUUAUACACACUGAAGCCCAAGCUUCCCAUCACAGUUCUAAAUGGAGCCCCUGGAUUUAUAAACUUGUGUGAUGCUUUGAAUGCCUGGCAGCUGGUGAAGGAACUCAAAGAAGCUUUAGGCAUUCCAGCCGCUGCCUCUUUCAAACAUGUCAGCCCAGCAGGUGCUGCUGUUGGAAUUCCACUCAGUGAAGAUGAGGCCAAAGUCUGCAUGGUCUAUGAUCUGUAUAAAACCCUUACACCCAUAUCAACUGCAUAUGCAAGAGCAAGAGGGGCUGAUAGGAUGUCUUCCUUUGGUGAUUUUGUUGCAUUAUCUGAUGUUUGUGAUGUCCCUACUGCCAAAAUUAUCUCCAGAGAGGUAUCUGAUGGUAUUGUUGCCCCAGGAUAUGAAGAUGAAGCUUUGAAAAUACUUUCUAAAAAGAAAAAUGGGAGUUACUGUGUUCUUCAGAUGGAUCAGUCCUACAAUCCAGAUGAAAACGAAGUUCGAACUCUCUUUGGUCUUCGUUUAAGUCAGAAGAGAAAUAAUGGUGUCAUUGACAGGUCAUUAUUUAGCAACGUUGUGACCAAGAAUAAAGAUGUAAGUUUGAAAAUAUCUGAACUGAAUGCUAGUAAUGCA